AUGAAACUGGAACGUUCGUUAUCAGCUGGACCAUUGAUGGUGUUAAUUGAAUAUGUUCCCUAUGGAGAUCUACUGGGAUACCUGAGGAAGAGCCGUGGAUUGAAUGACACUUACUUCCAAGACCCGGAUAUCAAACCAAAAACAAAUCUGACUUCAAAGCAGCUGAUGAAAUAUGCGUGGUGGAGCUACGGAGUUCUCCUCCAUGAGAUUGUCACGAUUGGAGGCUCACCAUAUCCAGAGAUGGAUGGAAGACAGAUUUUAACGUUGCUAAAUUCGGGAUACAGAAUGCCUAAACCACAACACGUGGAUGAUAAGUUGUAUGACAUAAUGACAAACUGUUGGAAAGAUGACCCUGACUUGAGACCAUCAUUUGAGAGUUUGAGAGAUGAACUGAAAGAAAUGGAAGACCAGCGCAAGGGGCUGAUAAAUUUGGACAAUUACGAUGAUCGACUCUAUGUUAAUGCUGACGAUCUUGUCAUGCAAUCAUUUGAAUUUUCAUGAAGCAGUGGAAGGAGUGAUAAAUCUAUACUAUUUUGGAUUUGACGUUAACCAUUCAUUCUGUUUUAAUUAAGAAAGUAUAAAAAAAUACGCUUAAUAGCGAACUAGGGCAAAGUACAGCUUUCACAUAUUUUUGUGCGAAUUCUUAGGGUUUUUGGUAUGUGUUUUUUAACUAUAUUAGAGAAGCAAACUAUAAUUUUUUUAUUAACGUUAUAGAUUUAAA